UUUAUAUGCAUCUGUACCGUAAUUUUCCGUUGCUCGUGCGAGGCUUGUGUUGUGUUUGUCAACGUCAAAACUAAAAAAGGGAGCAACUGUAACGUUUUUUUUUACUUUGCAAUGCUUCUUGCAGUUGCUUUAAUAAGCAACAAUAAUUUCAGCUUAUAAUAAUAGCGACUUGCCAUAGCACUUUUUUAAACCGAGUUUAAACGUUUGUGAGGUUAUAGUGGUUGCUCUUCCAUACGUAGCUUUGUAAUUUGCAAACAUCUAAAAUGCUGAGGAAUUAGCUGAUUGUAAGUGGUAGUCAUGAUCUCUCCAGAAAAAAAUUGUGAAGACAAGGUAAAGCCCAUUGUCACAGACAAUGAUAGUGGUUAUAUUUCUCAAAAUGUUGAAUCUAAUUCAUCAUAUGAUACUUUAAUUGAUCACGGCCAUGUAUCUAUCGCUGCACCUAUUACAGAGGUAUUUCUGAGUGAAAAUGCCCUUCUGGAGAAACCUUCGCUCUCUAUAACAAGUGAACAACUAGAGGGAAAUGAUUACGGAGAGUUUGAUCACCUUUAUUUUAUGUCUUCAAUUUCUGAUAACGCAAUAGUGCCCUCGUCAGUCACCAGCCAAAGUACAACGUUUAGUGGAUUUGACAAUGAUGAAGUAUUAAACCUAUCAGGAACUAUACCUACAGCGCCUCCCAUUAUAAUUGCUGAAUCAAGUCGAGAAACACCAGUCAAAAUGAAAACAUUUGCAUUAGGCUCAGAUAAGGAAAAUGACAGUAAUUAUGAAAAUAUUAAAACUAAUACAAAGAUUGACCUAAAUGAAAGCAAGAAUUCUUCAUUUGACGACACAGAAGCCACUCUGAAUAGUAUUCAAACUCGUUUAAUGAGUGCCAACAAUGAUAUGUCACUAUUCGAAAGCUUCUACUCGUUUGUGUGUAAAUUGUAUACGAAGAACGAACCGGUUUCAGACCACACUGAUGCUAAUUCAAUUAACCCGAGUCAAUUGCACAUUUAUCAGAAGCAGAAAGAUGCAGCUUGCUUUGCCGAUAGUCCCGCCAAAAAUUUAUUAGAAUUAGAAAAUGUAAAAAAGGUGUCCGAAACUUGUAGUUCAACACCUUCCAAACAAACCACUGCCCCCUUAGCUGCCGUAACUCCCGAAUUAUUUUCGGAUGACGAAGAGACUGAAUCUGCACUGCAAAAUAACUCCUCACUACUACAGAAGUCUACUGACGAAGUUGAUUGUGAUGAACGAGCCUUAGUGAAACGCACACGCGAUUCCCUUGGCGGCGUUCCGCCACCCCCUAGCAUUACAUUACCGCUAAUGUCUGCAACAGAAAUUUUGGAAAGAGCGAUGGAGCAUAAAGCGUUGUUCACUACUCAAGAGGAUAUAAAUAAUAUUCAUAGGAAGGAAGAGCGGCGCAAGUGUCUUUUAAUAGAUCCUAACAACGCUGAUUACAAAACUAGUGAAUGGACCAACCUCGGGUCCAACAUGCUCCAGCUUAGAUACCAUGGCAUUCAUUACAACAGGAGCACGGUGAGCGAGGAAUUUGAGCAUUUGUGCGUGAAAUAUGCCGAGCGAUAUAUUGGUGCAGAAACACAAUCAAGCUGUACGGUCUUUGGUGUUGGUGCAUCGAGUCCGGCAAAGAGAAGAUUUAAGUAUGGACGUACAGUUAAAUCUCCAGGAAAGAAUUUGAGUCAUCUUGCGAGAAGGCGUAUUACUUUUUCGAGGGAUUCUUUGGGAAUCUCGGCAAAGUGCGCCUCGAUCGGAUCUCGAACUCGGCAAAUUAUGGUUGAUGCAAAGAAAUUUGACAUGUUACCAAAACGUAGAAGUCCGACCAAGAAGAGUCCUAGAAAAACCCCAAGAAAAAGUCCAAAGAAAAAAGCUAAUACACCCAAAAGUUCAGGUAAAAAGAAGCACACAUUAUCCCUUACUUCCCAUGCAAUAGAAGAGAAUUUAAGUCAACUAUCGUUCUUGUCAUCAUCAAGACCAAGCACUACAAAAAGGGCUUUAUUUCAAAGCCCUCCACAUAAAGAAUGUAGCAGUACAUUAUCAUGGUUUAACUCUGACAAUUCCAAUUCGAGUUGCUCACAACAUUCCAACGUAUCCUCAAGGCGCGCUUUAUUUCCUUCGCCACCAAAACGUAAUUCCCCUUCUAAAAUGACAAUUUCCAGCCUUUAUCCUGCUCGUCGUAAAAUGACGCCGAAGCGUGCACUUUUUAAAUCUCCCGAUAAACAAAAUGAUGGCUGUGAUAAAAAACGAAAAAGGGCAGAAGACGACGAACGACCGCCAAAUAAGUUAGUGAAGGUUGCUCCUGCUGACACCAAAGGUUCAAACGAGACAAAGCCAAGCACUUCAUUAGGUUCAUCGCAAGAAAUAUCGCAACAUCGCAAAAAGAAACUAAUGUGGACAGUGGCGGAAGCUCUACGUACUCAAAGCAUCGACUUAAAGCAUCCCCAAUUUAAAGUAUACGCCUCAGUUUUGGCGCGAGUGAUCCGACAUUUUUUGCCCAAUUUGUUUACAAAUGGUCCGCGAACCGAAGGAGGUAGCACAACGGAAAGUAUGCUUCGUAUCGCCCGUCAAUAUGUGUUCGCCGUGACCCGCGGAAAAACAGUCGAUCAGAUCAUUAGAGAGGCUCAGAAAAAGUCCCGGCUUCGCAGACCACCAAGUUGUGCUGAGCUGGAUAAACUUAGUGACGGUUCCAAUCUUCUACAGGGUAGAAAUAAGGAAAAUGUUUUACAAGAUCGAAUUAAUAUCAUCGAGGAGACUUCAAACAAUAGGCCGAAUAAAGUUGGACGUUCAGAAAAAAUAGAGCGUAUUCGUAGAGUAAUUAAUUUUGGUGAUGACAAUGAGGUCAGCAAUACUAGCAUCAGAUGACUAGCACUGCAACCCAGGUCUUUCAGCCGACCUGGUAUUAUUAAUCGUUUGCAUUUAAAAAAUGGUUCGAAGACCCUGGUACAUUUUCGUUAAUAAGCCACUAUUUAUGAUUGAAAUAUUCUAUUACUAAAUUAGAAAUCAAGCUAGGGUUAAAUAUUUGUCAGAUUUUCUUUCUUAUUUGAUCAAAAUGUGUUUUUUAGUUUCAUGUAACUAUUUGACUGUUAGUUUUAAGGGACAGUUACAUGUGGUGUGCGUAUUUCAUUUGGUGCAAUAACACUGCCAUCUUAGUAUAGAUAAUUGCAUUUAAAGUUAGCUAAUACUACCACUCCACAGUUAAAUUAUUCCAUAUUUUAGUCAUAAGUUAUUUAGCAUAAUAAGGGAGACGUUGAUAUUUUAUUGUGGGCUUUGAAGGUGAAAUCGCAGAUGAUUUAUUAAUACUUAACAUAAAUUGUUCAAGCUGGUUGCUUUAUAGCUAAAUUCUAGUUAAAUAUAUUUUUAGUUACACA